AUGGCGGAGCAGACAGAGAGCGAGACCCUCGGCUUCAGCGACAACAGAAUGGUGCAGCAGGCGGUGCGUUUCCGUGGCGCCGCUCCUGCUCCCGCCCCCGUCGUGCCCGCCCCGGCGCCCGCUCAGACUCCCGUGUUACGGGGCCCGCCGCCGCUGCUCCGGCCCCCGCCGCCCCCCUUCGGGAUGAUGAGGGGCCCCCCGCCGCGGCCCCCCUUCGCACGCCCGCCCUUCGACCCCAACAUGCCGCCCAUCCCCCCGCCCGGAGGCAUGCCGCCCCCCAUCGGACCGCCACACCUACAGAGACCCCCGUUCCUGCCCCCGCCCAUGGGGAACCUGCCUCCUCCUCCCGGGAUGCUGUUUCCUCCCGGGAUGCCUCCGGUUCCUUCACCAGGAGCCCCGACACUCAGCCCUGCAGAGGAGAUCUGGGUUGAGAACAAGACGCCGGAGGGAAAGGCGUACUACUACAACGCGAGGACCCGAGAGUCGUCGUGGAGCAAACCGGACGGCGUGAAGAUGAUCCAGCAGUCGGAGCUGAACCCUCUGCUGGUGGCGGGCUCCGGGGGGGCGGGGCCUGGCGUGGGGGGGGCGGCGGCCUCCGGCAGCGUCAACACCACCGCCAGCAGCACCUCCCCCACCCCCUCCACCUCCCUCUCCACCCGCACACUCACCUCCUCCCCUGACUCCUCCCCCUCCCCCUCCGUCAGCAUGGCAGCCUCUGUUGUAGCAGACCUGUCUCCGGUCUCCACGGUGUCAUCCAGCGUGGCGGUGUCUCCGGUAACCGUGGUGACGGUCUCCACGGUGCCGUCCCCGGUGACGGCGGUGCAGACGAUGCCUCUGCUGCCGGCGGCGCUGCCUCACAGCGUGGCCCAGCCCACCGCCGCCCUCCCCGCCUUCCCCCCCGUCAUGGUGCCGCCCUUCAGGGUGCCUCUGCCCGGCAUGCACAUCCCUCUGCCAGGUGUAGCAAUGAUGCAGAUAGUAGGCGCCCCGUGUGUAAAGGCAGGCCCCAGCCCCAACGGCAUGCUGCCCGGUAUGGGCCCGCCCCUGGUGUCCAUGAUGCACCCCCAGCUGGCGCUGUCGGCGGCGCCGGCCUCCAUGGCGGGCUCGCUGCAGCUCCCCGAGUGGUCCGAGUACAAGACGGCCGACGGGAAGACGUACUACUACAACAACCGAACACUGGAGUCCACCUGGGAGAAGCCCCAGGCCCUGCUGGACAAAGAGAAAGAAGCGGAGCGGCUGAAGGAGCGUCUGGCUCAGGAGGAGGCCGAGGCCAUGGAGAUGGAGGACGAGGAGAACAAAACAGAAAACACUAACAACGACAAGGAGGAGCCCAAAGAAGAAGAGAUGACCGAGGAGGAGAAAGCAGCGCAGAAAGCUCGACCCGUGGCCACCAACCCCAUCCCCGGCACGCCAUGGUGCGUGGUGUGGACCGGAGACGAGCGUGUCUUCUUCUACAACCCGACCACGCGUCUGUCCAUGUGGGACCGACCGGAGGAGCUGGUGGGACGCGCCGACGUAGACAAACACAUCCAGGAGCCUCCACACAAGAGAGGACAGGAGGACGCCAAGAGGACGGUGGUCAGUAAGGAGGAGCCGGAGCUUUCUGUCGCUGUCGAGGAGAACCAGGACGAGGAGCCCACCAAAGCCAAGAAGAGGAAGAAGGAGGAGGUGAAGGAGGCGGACUCUGAGAAGGAGGCGGCGAUGGAGGCGGAGCUUAGAGCGGCCAGAGAGCGAGCCAUCGUCCCUCUGGAGGCCAGAAUGACCCAGUUCAGAGAGAUGCUGCUGGAGAGAGGGGUGUCUGCGUUCUCCACCUGGGACAAAGAGCUCCAUAAGAUCGUGUUUGACCCUCGUUACCUUCUGCUGAACCCCAAAGAGAGGAAACAGGUGUUCGAUCAAUACGUGAAGACGCGAGCGGAGGAGGAGAGGAAGGAGAAGAAGAACAAGCUGAUGCAGGCAAAAGACGAGUUCAGGAGGAUGAUGGAGGACGCCAAGUUCACCCCCAGGACGACGUUCAGUGAGUUUGCGGUGAAACACGGCAGAGAUCCGAGGUUCAAGACCAUCGAGAAGAUGAAGGACCGCGAGGCGAUCUUCGUGGAGUUCAUCACGGCGCUGAGGAAGAGGGACAAGGAGGACUCCAAGUCCAGAGGAGAGAAGGUGAAGCAGGAGUUCUGUGAACUCCUGGGGGAGCAGCACCUGGAGUCGGGGCAGCGGUGGAGCAAAGUGAAGGAGCGACUAGAGAACGACUCGCGCUACAAGUCUGUGGAGAGUUCAGCACUCAGAGAGGAACUCUACAAACAGUUCAUGGACAAACAGGCCAAGAGUGUGGACAUAGAGAAGGAGCGUGAGCUGGAGCGCCAGGCUCGUAUCGAGGCGUCUCUGCGUGAGAGGGAGCGGGAGGUGCAGAAGGCUCGUUCAGAGCAGACCAAGGAGAUCGACAGAGAGAGGGAGCAGCACAAGAGGGAGGAGGCCGUCCAGCACUUCAAGGCCCUCAUGUCCGACAUGGUGCGCUCCUCAGACGCCACGUGGUCGGACACGAGGCGUAACCUGCGUAAGGACCACCGGUGGGAGUCGGCCUCGCUGCUGGAGCGCGAGGAGAAGGAGAAGCUGUUCAACGAGCACGUGGAGGCGCUGGCCAAGAAGAAGAAGGAGCACUUCAGACAGCUGCUAGAUGAGACCAGCAUGAUCACUCUGACCACCACCUGGAAGGAGGUGAAGAAGGUGAUCAAGGAGGACCCUCGCUGCAUCAAGUUCUCCUCCAGCGACAGAAAGAGGCAGCGUGAGUUUGAGGAUUACAUCAAAGAUAAAUACAUCACAGCCAAAGCCGACUUCAGGACGCUGCUGAAGGAGACCAAGUUCAUCACGUACAGGUCGAGGAAGCUGAUCCAGGAGUCGGAGCAGCACCUGAAGGACGUGGAGAAGAUCCUGCAGAACGAUAAGCGCUACCUGGUGCUGGAGUGCGUCCCCGAGGAGCGCCGCAAGCUCAUCAUGUUCUACAUCGAAGACCUGGACCGCCGCGGGCCGCCGCCGCCGCCCACCGCCUCCGAGCCCACCCGCCGAUCCACCAAGUGACCAACCGGCGCCACGAGCCACGCCCCCUCUGGCCAGAGCAUGAUCUCCCCUGACCUCCGACCCCUGACCCCGCCCACAGGCCUCCUGAACUGACCCCGCCCCUGAACUGACCCCGCCCCCAGGCCGUGGCGGCCUCGCAGUGUUAACGCCGGGCUGCGUGCAGACGGAGGCGGAGCCGAGCCGUCGCUCUGUCGCCCGGCAACAGAGUCACCUGCUCAGGUGACCUCUGACCUCUGACCGACCACGAGAGGCUGCAGCCAGAGGUGUAAGACAGCUGAGAGAGAGAGUGUGUGUGUGUGUGUGUGUGUGUGUGUGUGUGUGUGUGUGUGUGUGUG